UUUUCAUUAUGAAGCACACUUUAGAAUGUAAACAAAGGACUUAAAACUUGAAAAGCUUGGCUACUUAAAAUUUGACGACCCAAGAUAACGAUAGUAUUAUAAAUAUAUUAAUUUUUUGUUUAUACCACUCUGUCGCAAGUAUUUCGUAAAGACAAGUGCUUGUAGAAAUAUCAGAAAAAGAAGAUAAAUUUAACGCGUCAAUAAAUUUUUAGAUGGCAACUGUUGAAUAUGAAAAUGUUCUUUUGUGCAAAAGAAUGGAUUCUCUCGACAGGCUUUAAACUUUAUGUUUCUUUUUUGCCGAAAUUUAGAACGGAACAAUUUUCAAUAUACUUUUGCUGUUGUAAUCUGUAUUAUUAUUGUUCUCUCAUAACCAUAUAGUGCAAAUAUAUUGAGACAUCGUGAAAGUAGCUACCUUUAAAUGUAAAGACAUGUACAUGCGUGACGUUGAAUGUAAUUACAAGUUAAAUUAAAUGAAGAUUAAACGAUUAUUUGGAAGAGAGAGCUAUUUUCAUAUGGAAUAUAUCACACGUUACCAUAAUGAAACGAACAUUUUCUACAUUAAAAGUCUUAAAUUUUGCAAAAUAAUUUAUGAAUAUAUCUUUGAAUAGAUUUGUGCGUAUUUAAAAUAAGACUAAUGUAUUUAACGCGAUCACUGUUUCAACAAUCUGUUUUUAUACUGAAGAGGCGUUCUCUUCUCCCCUCCAUCUUUCGUUCAUGAUGCGAUCCCCGCUUAUAUGCGUCAGCAUUUACGCGUUCUACAUUUAGUUUGCUGAAGUUAUUCAGUCGGUUAUUCUAACGUUGCGAUGGAAUUAUUUUCAUCUAAACUUUUGCUGCUUUUCGAGUUGUUACUGGUGACUCUUAUCAUAAUCGGCAUUUUAAAAAUUGUCUCAGUAGUGCGUCGCGUAUACUUUCAUUGGUGGGAUAAAGAUGUUCUUUAUUUGCCCAAUUUAUACUCUUUUGUUAUGACUUGGAAAGUAUUUCUGCGUCGUAUAAGUUUACCCGACUUUACUUUGUUCAUGUACAAUUACUUCCCAGACGUUAAGUAUUAUGGAACGGUGGAUUUUGGUAUACCUCAGGUGUUCUUGCGCGAUCCUGAACUGAUCAAGGAUAUUAUGGUAAAAGAGUUUGAACAUUUCCAUGAUCAUCGCGCCUUCGUGGAAAGCCUAGAUUAUAUAUUUAAUAACAACAUCUUUGCUUUGCGCGGAGAUCGAUGGAGAGAAAUGAGAAACAUGUUAAGUCCUUCUUUCACCGCCAGCAAGAUGAAAAUCAUGUUUGAAUUGAUAUCAAAAUGUUCUGGUGAAUUCGUCAAUUACCUGGUCGAUCAUCCGGAGCUCUGCGAUCCGAUUGAGACAAAGCAGAUCUUUAGACGAUACACCACUGACGUAAUCGCAACAACGGCUUUUGGCAUAAGCGUAAAUUCUAUGAAAGAUCAAAACAACGAAUUCUACUUGAAGGGAAUAGAGUCUACCAAGACUUUCAGCGGAUUGCUAUCUAUGUUCAAGUUCAUGUUUAUGAUAACUCUUCCACGUGUUGCCAAGUUGGUCGGUGUGACUGGAUUUCCACGGUCUGUGUCCGAUUUUUUUAAGAGAAUUGUUGAAAAAACUAUCAGAACUCGAGAGGAGCAAGGUAUCGUUAGACCUGACAUGAUCCACUUAUUAAUGCAGGCUCGAGAGAAGGACGGUGCUGGCAAUGAAAAAAUAUCGCUGGACGACAUCGUUUCGCAAGCUUUUAUUUUUUUUUUCGCUGGUUUUGAAACAUCCUCGUUACUGAUGUGUUUCGUCACUUACGAGUUGGCGAUUAAUCAAAACAUUCAAGAUCGCCUGCGCGAGGAAGUGCUGCAGCAUCUCGGCGAACGAAAUGAGAUAUCUUACGAAUCACUGUCGAAGAUGACUUAUAUGGACAUGGUACUGUCUGAAACACUUCGAAAGUAUCCAGCAAUGCUGUUUACGGAUAGAAUUUGCACUAAGAAUUUUGAACUGCCUCCGUUGAAGCCGGGUUACAAAAGUGUGAUCGUCGAAUGUAAUACCACAAUGAUGAUACCCAUUUAUGCUAUACAUCAUGAUCCCAAGUAUUAUCCGAAUCCGGACAAGUUCGAUCCUGAAAGAUUUAGUGAGGAAAACAAAGACAAAAUCGUUCCAUAUACUUACUUACCUUUUGGACAAGGUCCUAGAAAAUGUAUCGGCAAUCGAUUUGCUCUCAUGGAGACUAAGAUUCUGGUGGCUCAUCUCUUACAAAAAUUUAUCCUCAAGAGAACGGAAAAAACUGUGGAGCCUAUCGUAUUUGAUACAAGAGCAUUUAAUUUGCAAUCGAAAGACGGAUUCUGGAUCGGUUUGGAGAAAAGAGAAGCGUACACAUCACACACUAUCGUGCCAUUCCUACAGUAUAUAAUGAUGAAUAUUAUGAUGGUCAUUGUCGUGACCUUCGCAGACUCUCGACAGUACUUGUUUAUACUAGUGGGCUUUAACGAUUUACGUAACUGAUAGCGUAUCUGUGUCGAUAAAUAGCAUAUUAGAGAUAUUCAGCGGAUAUUUAUUGUUAAUUAUUUAUUUUUUAAAAAGAAAUAUUAUUUUUU